GGCAGCCUCCCUCUACUGUCACCUUAAGCAAGUGCGGGGUUAUUAAUUAUUGCAUUUUUCACCAGUAAAAUCGGCUCUGCUGGUCACGACGGAGCACUUUUAAAAUAUAUAUAUAUAUAUCGGCUACGUAUGUAUUUUUUCUUAUUUAUGUCUUCGCUUUGCGGAUGGUCUUCUUGUCUUUAAAUUCGUUUGCUGUUGUGGGAAAAAAAAAAAAAAUCUCGCUCCAGGAGGAGUGAUAUUUUGGGGGAAAACUGCUGAGCUCCGCAAGGAAGUUGCCUGAGGCUGGACAGGGACCCCAAAGGAGUCCGCGCAGGAGGCUGGAGACGGCGCUUCUCACCCUUCACACACUGUCGGAUGAAUUAGAUUUUCUGAGGCUCUACUGAAGAUGUGACUUGUGGAUUACAGGCUCAACUCCCGAACUAGAUUUCUGUUACAUCGCUGCCACAUUUCUACGCUACCGCUCUCUCCAUCACACUGCCUUUUCUGGAAUAUGAUUCGCUCAUGGGGCUCGGCUAGCUCCACCCCUGGGGUCUUUUACCCCUCCCUGUUUGACCAAUAGGAAGGCACUACUUUUUAGUAUUCCCAAAAACACAUCCUAUUUUGGAAUACCCUUCUGAAAGCCCCCUUUAAGAUCACCUUGGCUCUUGUUUGGUAAUCAUUCGUUGAUCAUGGAACCACAGUGGCACCCGACUUCCUACCCGCAGUCGCCCUCUGUCGUCUUCCUGCUCAUGGCUACUUCCUACACUUGGCUCCUUCCCAUCACCUCCCCUCAGCGGAUCCCAACAGACCCCCAGGCGGCACCUGAGUACGCCCACUCAAUCCGACUGGAUGGGGACAUCAUCCUCGGCGGAUUAUUUCCCGUGCACUCGAGGGGGGACCGCGGGACGCCCUGCGGGGAGCUGAAAAAGGAAAAAGGCAUCCAUCGUUUGGAGGCCAUGAUGUUCGCCAUCGACCUGAUCAACAAGGACCCUGAGCUGCUGCCCAACAUCACGCUGGGGGCCCGGAUCUUGGAUACCUGCUCCAGGGACACGUACGCUCUAGAGCAGUCCCUGACUUUUGUGCAGGCCUUGAUAGAGAGGGACGGCUCCGACGUCCGCUGCGCUAACGGAGACCCUCCGAUCUUCACCAAGCCAGAUAAAAUCGUAGGGGUGAUAGGAGCUGCAGCCAGCUCGGUGUCCAUUAUGGUGGCCAACAUCUUGCGCCUGUUUAAGAUCCCCCAGAUCAGCUACGCCUCCACGGCCCCAGAACUGAGUGACAACACUCGCUAUGACUUCUUCUCCCGCGUGGUACCGCCGGACUCCUACCAGGCCCAGGCCAUGAUGGACAUUGUCACAGCGAUGGAGUGGAACUACGUGUCCACACUAGCCUCAGAGGGCAACUACGGAGAGAGCGGCGUCGAGGCCUUCGUCCAAAUCUCCAGAGAAACUGGUGGUGUGUGUAUUGCCCAGUCCUUGAAGAUCCCUAGGGAGCCCAGGCCAGGGGAGUUUGACAAGAUAAUCAGACGCCUGCUGGAGACCUCCAAUGCCAGGGCCAUCAUCAUGUUCGCUAAUGAGGACGACAUACGACGAGUUCUGGAUGCAGCUAAAAGGAACAACCAGACAGGUCACUUCCUGUGGGUGGGUUCAGACAGCUGGGGGUCUAAAAUCUCUCCUGUGAUUGGCCAGGAGAGAGUGGCUGAGGGAGCCAUCACGAUUCUUCCCAAACGAGCAUCCGUGGAUGCGUUUGAUCGGUAUUUCCGUAGCCGCUCGCUGUCCAACAACAGAAGAAAUGUUUGGUUUGCUGAAUUCUGGGAGGAAAACUUCAACUGUAAGCUCGGGAUGCACGGUAAACGGCCUGGUAGCCUGAAGAAAUGCACAGGUUUAGAGAAAGUUGGUCGUGAUUCCAGUUACGAACAAGAGGGGAAGGUUCAGUUUGUGAUGGAUGCGGUCUACGCCAUGGCCCAUGCUCUGCACCGUAUGCACCGGGAGCUCUGCUACGGAUACCCAGGCCUCUGCCCGCGCAUGGCCAACAACAUUGACGGCAAAGAGCUGCUCAGCUACAUUCGUGCUGUCAACUUCAAUGGAAGUGCCGGUACGCCGGUGGUUUUUAAUGAGAAUGGAGACGCUCCAGGAAGAUACGAUAUUUUCCAGUACCAGAUCAACAACAGGUCUACUGCGGAGUACAGAGUCAUCGGAUCCUGGACAAAUAAACUACACCUCAAAGUCGAGGCCAUGCGUUGGAAGAAAGGUGACCCGUCUCUCCCACCCUCUGUAUGCAGCAUCCCAUGCCGUGCGGGUGAAAGGAAGAAAGUGGUCAAAGGUGUGCCGUGUUGCUGGCACUGUGAGCGCUGCGAGGGAUACCACUAUCAGGCGUCAGAGUUCACUUGUGAGCUGUGUCCAUAUGAGAUGCGGCCUGAUGCCAACCGCACUGGCUGUGUUCCCAUCCCGAUCAUCAAGCUGGAGUGGCACUCCCCCUGGGCCGUCUUCCCCGUCUUCAUCUCCAUGCUGGGGAUCAUCGCCACGUCUUUCGUCAUCGUCACGUUUGUCCGGUACAAUGACACGCCCAUCGUACGAGCGUCCGGUCGGGAGAUGAGCUACGUGCUGCUGACAGGAAUCUUCCUGUGUUACGCCAUAACGUUCCUGAUGAUCGCGACACCGGAUGUGGGAGUGUGUUCAUUCAGGAGGAUUUUCUUGGGCUUGGGGAUGUGUUUCAGCUAUGCCGCGCUGCUCACCAAGACCAACAGGAUACACCGCAUCUUUGAACAAGGGAAGAAGUCUGUAACCGCACCCAGGUUCAUCUCUCCUGCCUCCCAGCUCGUCAUCACCUUCUCACUCAUCUCAGUUCAGCUGCUGGGGGUCUUCGUAUGGUUCGCGGUGGACCCUCCCCACACGGUCGUGGACUACGGUGAGCAGCGGACCCAGGAUCCCAUAGCGGCACGCGGCGUCCUCAAGUGUGACAUCUCGGACCUGUCCCUUAUCUGCUCCCUGGGUUACUCCAUCCUGCUGAUGGUGACGUGCACAGUUUACGCCAUCAAGACGCGAGGCGUGCCCGAAACCUUCAACGAGGCCAAGCCUAUUGGAUUUACUAUGUACACCACCUGCAUCAUCUGGCUGGCGUUCAUACCCAUCUUCUUUGGCACGUCACAGUCUGCUGAGAGGUCUACAGAGAGUAUGUAUAUCCAAACUACCACCCUGACCAUCUCUCUCAGCCUGUCUGCCUCUGUGUCUCUGGGGAUGCUCUACAUGCCCAAGGUCUACAUCAUCCUCUUUCACCCCGAGCAAAACGUACCCAAACGAAAACGCAGCUUCAAGGCAAUCGUGACAGCUGCCGCCAUGUCGGGGAAACUGAGCCAGAAGGGAGGAGACCGGCCCAAUGGAGAGGUGAAGACUGAACUAUGUGAGAGCAUGGAGACCAACAGUGAUUUCAUCAACUAAGACGACAUAUGUCAGCUACAGCAAUCAUGCCAUAUGAAGGGACCACAGAAGAUGAAGAAAGGGAUUGGACAGGAGAGGAGAGGGGGCCGUGUCUUGGGGCGGUGCCAAGCGAAAGAAGGAGCCGUUGUUCUUAGUCGAUUGGCCGAAGAACUGGCAGACAGACAGAGCGCCCAAUGGAAUCCAAGCAUGAGACAUUUUGUAUUGUUCCGCAUCAAACCACAGAGAGGUGGGACCACAUAAACAGCCAGUCAGUGUGCCUGCUUUCCCGCUGCUCACACCUCAUUGGUCCUACCAUGAACUUACCUGUUUUAAAAAAGAGACAACAUGAAAAAAGUGACAUACCAUAGGACACUGUGGUGGACAGAGUAACUAUUAAAACCUUAAAAAAAAUCAUGAAAAGAAAAAGAAAAAAAACCUCUCUAAAAUCAUGUAGACAUUAUAUCUAAAAGGGCAAAGGUAGGGCCGGGACAGAGAUUUAACAGAUUACAUUUUAAAAGAUAUUUAAAAAGAGAAAUGUAAGAGAAAAUCUAUGAGACUCAAACUGUUUGUUGUUAUUCUCUACUUGUAAGUAUUUUUGUGGUUGUGACGAUUUUUUCAUUCUUGUCUCACCGUUGUCUGAUGGAUCGCCCUUGCUUAAUGAGAUGAGUGUGUUUCCUCCUGCUGUCUUGGCUAACUGGGUCGAAGCCUUGGGUUGUGAACCUGUAAAAUGCCAUGGUUGAAGCAUGCCAGUUUUUAUACAAAAAGGAGAUUUAUUUAUAAUAAAGGAAUGUUUUGCAAAUGUGUA